GCUCAUCGUUUGAGUUCGACGCGUGGAGUUAAACUUCAGCCACGUAAUUUGAAAAUGUGAAUUUUGUGAACUAGGAAUUGAAGUGAUUGACACUUGCGGCAGUCGCUAGAUUUACCCAGAUUUAAUUUGGAACCUUUGCUGACGAGAAAAAGAUAUAUAUUAUAGUUUUAUAUUAACAUUAUUAAAGUAGUCAACGCAUAUUCUCAACGAAAAAUGGCUGUAAAAUUGUUACCACUACUCCUAUUUAUUGCUGCCGCUGUGGCAGCAGAUGAAGAAACUGCUGUCGCAAAACUAUUAGUGGCGAAGCAAGUAUUAAAUAAGUAUCUGGUUGAAAACAUGGAUAUUCUCAUCAAAUACACACUCUAUAAUGUCGGCACAGCACCAGCAGUUGAUGUAAAGUUGGUGGACAAUGGAUUCCACCCUGAAGUGUUUACAGUUGUUGGAGGCCAAUUAACAGCUCACAUUGACCGUAUACCACCUCAGACCAAUGUGUCUCAUGUUAUAACUGUGAGAUCAAACAGAUAUGGUUAUUACAAUUUCACAGCUGCUGAGGUAACAUACAGAUCAAGUGAAGAUUCUACAGAUGUACAGUAUUCAAUCAGCAGUGCCCCUGGAGAGGGUGCUAUAAUUGCAUUCAAAGACUAUGACCGCAAGUUCUCGUCUCACUUCCUGGACUGGGCUGCGUUUGCAGUUAUGACCUUACCAUCUCUCGCAAUCCCCUUCGGGCUAUGGUUCUCAUCUAAGACCAAAUAUGAGCUUCUUUUGAAGCCCAAAAGCUCAUCAAGAUAAUCUACUCAAAUUAAGUUUAGAUGAAAAAUAUAUUGGGAAAGACUGUUACUUAUAAUUUCUCCAAACUGAAGCCUUAUCAUCUUCAUAUUCAAUGAAACCUGAACACAUUUUUUCAUUCCCAUCUCAUUGUUUUAGUAAUUUAUAAAUAAAUACAUUUUUUUAUA